AGAACAUGGAGAACAUGGUGCUCAACACUUCAACACACAGCCUGGGACUCUGGAGUCUCAGUGAAAAGAAAUUACUACAGUAUUGUGUUUCUAUAUCUUAGAUCAGUGAGAUGAUACUGUGGACACCAGGAAUGUGAAUCUCUAAGAGGCUUUUCCAAGAUUCAAUCAGCUGAUUCCAUAAAUCAGAGCAGAAACAUCUACAUCCACUCCUCAAAUCCAUGCACCACUGAUUGAGAAGACAAGGCUUGAACUUCUUCAUAUCGAAAAACAAUUUAUAUACUUCAUCCAUAUAUAGUCAGAGCACUUUUUUUCAUGUACUUUUCGCCUGAAGGAGGUAAUGCGCAUUUCUGGUGGAACACUGUCACAGAGUGUCACCAUUGAGGAUUGAAAAAAUUGUGUGAAACACAAGUUUACUUUCGAUUUUUAGCUCAGCUGCACUGCAUUUCGUGCUGCUCGUAGGAAACGAGACAUUUUGAAGCGACCCAUUUUUUGGAAAUUAACAAAGCUGCGAGGUUUCCCUCCGUCCUCCGUCACCCAGAACACACGCUGUGCAGAAAGCGCUCGGCGGGAAGCAUGGCUCUCAGGAUCUUCAACUCCACCACUCCCUUCAAGGAGUCUAAGGAAGGCUCUGUUACGGGGUACCUCUAUUCGGGGGAAGAGGUGUGCAGCAAGAGGAAGGAGCAGAAAGAGGACCUACUUUACAGGGGGAUCUCCGCCUCUGUGAAACUGCUGUUGACUCAGGGUACUGCCAAGCAAGUGGGUGCCAAGGAUCCGGAAACGGAGAAACUCCUCUGCUUCUCCAUCAUUGCCCAGGAAGAGUCUGAAGGACCGCAGGAGUUCAGCCCCACCAGUACAGAACACACCUACUUCCGAUCUCAUCUGAUCAAUAAAGAGAGGCUCUUCAGGGAACGCGGUGUGGCGCGCAACAACGUCGCCCGCUUCGUGAACCCGCCGGAGAGCCAAGCAGACCACGGUAAUCUUCCUUUCCUCCGCCCUUCGAGAAAGCGCCGGAAAAGGCAGCGCCGGAAAAGGCAGCGAGAGGAAGAGGAGCGGAAGAGCGUGGCGCCGUCCGUUUUGUCGGAACAGGAGAGCAGCAGCUCCUCUAGUUAUAGGCUAUCCCAGGAGGAUGCAAAAGUGCACCUUAACAGCGGUCACGGCUAUAGGGGCGUCCAGAGCCUCGGAGUGCAGGAAACGGAGAGGCCUGGCUCUGUGGGAGAGGAGCUCACCUGCCACUUCCCUCCAAACUUGUUACCGUACAAAGCAUAUCCGCGUCUCUCGCGCUGUAACCAAGAGAGCGGGUCGCACUCUUUGCUUAGCAGCGUGGGAGAGUACGAAAUAGCCCUGAAGGCACUGCGGUACAACGUGAGCCAGGAGGACCCCUGCUUUGCGUAUCCCUUCUUUAGAAACUUGGAGCGAGAGGCCGCACGUGAAGACUGCGAGGGCUGCCGGUCGGACACCAAUGAGGGCCUUCUGUUUCACCCCACGGAGCAACUCAGGCACAGGAAUUACGAGUACAGGGAGGGAAGGGAGUUCUCCUUGAUCGCACACAUUCAGAGCGGAUCCUACGGGGACGUUUACAGCAUGCGGGACAACAGCACCGGGUUCAGAUGUGCUGCCAAGAAGAUCCCUUUGAGCAAGUUCAACAGCGAGGAGCUGGGCUCGUGGAGUGCCCUGGACUCUCCUCGCAUGGUGGAGCUGUUCGGGGCCGUGCGCGAGGGUCCUAACGUCUUCCUCUUUAUGGACCUCAAGGCAGGUUCAUUGGGACAGUUGUUGAGGGAAAGAGGACGGUUGCCAGAGGACCUCGCGCUCCACUACCACUGCCAGAUCCUGGGGGCACUGGAGCACCUGCACAAGAGACGCAUCCUGCACUUGGACGUUAAAGCUGACAAUGUUCUGCUAUCAGAAGAUGGGAAAGACACCUUCCUCUGUGACUUUGGACACUCGGAGAGGCUUGGCCCGAAUGGUCGUAGCACCAGUGCUUACAGAGGAGGAAGCUUCCGUGGCACAGAGACGCACAUGGCGCCCGAGGUGGUGAAAGGGGAGCCCCGCUGCGGCAAGGCAGAUGUGUGGAGCAGCUGCUGCAUGCUCUUGCAUAUGCUGAACGGCUGCCAUCCCUGGACCCGCUACUACUCCCACCCGCUGUGUCUUAAGAUUGCAACUGAACCCCCACCUCUAAGGGAGAUCCCACCCAGCUGUAACCCAUACACUGUUAGCGUGUUGAAAGCUGGGCUGCAAAAAGAGCCAAUUCAAAGAGCCUCAGCCCCAGACCUCAGAGAGAAAGCAACAAGAGCCCUUAAAGAAGUGGGUGGCCUCAUGAGUCCCGUUAAAGGAGCCUACCAGGAACCGACAGGCGUGAAGUACUGGGAUGAGGCACCCGUGAGCUCCAGGUCCAUCCCUUCCUUCCUGGCCACGUGCAGUUCCACAUCCUCUGUCGACACGAGCUUUGGGCAGGUGCUGGAGUGGGUGAGUCCCUGGAGGAAUACUGCUCAGGAGGAUGACAUCGGUGAAGAAGAUGAAACAGACUGGGGGUCCUCGGGGUCCAUCUCCCCAGGACAGCGUCUCCUAGCUGCCCCCUGCUCCCGAGGCCAGAGAGUGGAACAGAGUGAAAAUACCUCCACGGUGUCUGAGCAGGAGCUGAGGAAGCUGAGCAGAGACUGGAUCCUGGGUAGCCUGUCCCAGCCGCACCCCCCGGAGCUGCAGGAGCAGCUCUUGUCCUGCCUCAGUAGCGACUGCCACUCGUGCAAAGACCCGGCAGAUAAGGACUCUGGGUCGUGGUCAGUCAGCACGCGAGACGACCUCAGUUCUGGCGUCUUCUCGUCGUACAGCAGCGAAACCGAGGAGAGCUUCAACGUGGACUGGCUUGGCUCUUCCCAUCGGCCUUCGCUCCGCUGCUUCGAGGGGGUGGACGUGUGGAUCGAAAACUUCAACGGCCAGUGUCUGCGAAUAAGGGAGAGCCCCAAGGUGAACGUGGGACACAUCGCCACAGGGAUUAGCGAGCAGAUCUCAGAGAAGGCUUUCAGCUUUGAGACCCUUGACAGACAGAUGGUGUCGCAUGACCAAGUGGUGACAGACUCAGGCUUAUGGCUGCGCUGCGUUCGAGCGCCUGACAGCAGCUCCGGCUGGUGUUGGAGGGUCCGAGAAGGUGUGCUGGAGACACGAGAAUGAGCCGACAUCGGUCGACAUCCUGACCCUGCGCUGCUGUCCCACUUGCCGUACAUACAGAUCACGUGUGUUAUGAACAUUGGUUCAUAUGGUGGAAAGAAACAAACUAACUGUACUUAAGAAUCACAUCUC